AAACGCCUGCUUCUUGAGUAUAUAUUAAGCCAGUGACCGAUUCAGUUCAAAUUAUCGUUUGACAAUACAGUAAGAAAUUUCGUUAAAAUGGAAGUGCUGACAAUUAUGUUGUGGUUUUUAAUAUUACUUGUUCCUACCAUUUACCUAUACUUUAAAAAGAAGUAUUCAUAUUGGAAAGAUCGUGGAGUGCCUUACAUAGAACCGAAAAUACCUUAUGGAAGCUUACAAACUUCCGAUAACAUGCGGCAAACUAUCAACACAUUCUACAAAUCCAAGAGUGAUUUCCCUUUUGUCGGUAUAUACAUCCUAAUAACUCCAACAGUAAUAGCGACUGAUCAGGAAUUCAUCAAGGAUGUCCUCAUUCGUGAUUUCAACUAUUUCACUGAUCAUGGAUUAUAUACCAAUGAACGAGAUGACCCGCUCUCUGCACACUUAUUCAACCUGGACGGUCAAAAGUGGCGUAAUUUGCGUGCCAAACUUUCUCCAACUUUCACCUCUGGACGGAUGAAGUUUAUGUUCCCAACAGUACUCGCAGUUGCGGAAAGGUUUGAUAAAGCUCUGGCUGAGCUUCUGGAAACACAGAUAACUCAUGAAAUGAAGGAUCUUCUGGCGCGUUUUACAACCGAUGUCAUUGGAACCUGCGCCUUUGGAAUUGAAUGUAAUAGCUUGAAGGACCCCAAUUCUGAAUUUCGUAAAUACGGACGAAAACAUAUAGAAGAACCCUCCCACGGUGCAUUUGUGAACUACUUAAUGAAUGUGUUCCCCAGAUUCUGCAAAAUGUUGCGCAUAGCAAGAAUCCGCGGUGACGUUACCAAAUUUUUCAUGGGUAUCGUUCGAGAAACAGUAGCUUAUCGUGAAAAACAUCACAUCCGACGAAAUGAUUUCAUGGAUCUUUUGAUUCAAUUAAAAAAUAAUGCAUCAAUCGAUGGAGAGGAUUCAAAAAUAAUUGGAAAACUGACUUUUGAAGAACUGGCCGCGCAAGCUUUUGUAUUCUAUGUUGGUGGAUUUGAAACUUCGUCAUCAACCUUGACGUUCACUCUUUACGAAAUGGCUGUAAACCAAGACAUUCAGGACAAAUGCAGAGCAGAAAUUAAUCGCGUAUUGGAGAAGUAUAAUGGAAAACUAACUUAUGAGGCUAUGACUGAAAUGCAUUAUGUGGAGCAGAUAGUGUUAGAGACCCUACGCAAAUACCCAAUUUUACCAGUAAAUUUCCGUAAAUGCGUUAAGGAUUAUCAAGUACGCGGCACCAAUGUUAUAAUCGAAAAAGGAACAGCAAUUCAAAUUCCAGUUUAUGCAAUUCAUCAUGAUCCAGAAAUUUAUCCAGAUCCCGAAAAAUUCGACCCCGAUCGGUUUUCACCGGAAAAUGUUAAACAGAGACAUUCUGUUGCAUUUUUGAGCUUCGGUGAUGGGCCCAGAAAUUGUAUCGGACUUCGUUUUGGAAAAAUGCAAUCCCGGAUUGCACUUAUAAUGCUGCUGAAAAACUAUCGAAUUAAUUUGUCAUCGAAAUCACCUGUUCCCCUAGUUUUCAAUCCAAAAAGCUUCAUACUUGCACCAGAAGGCGGGAUGUACUUAGAUAUUGAAAAAAUAUAAAGUAUUGCGAUACAUACCAUUAUCUGUUGAUAAUUCGAUGUUAAGGCCAGGUGGCUAGUAAAAAGAUAAAUAAAUAAUAAAGCUACGUUGAAGAAGA